AUGCAGAAGGCGUUUUCUAAGCUAAAGUUGAAAAGUAAAGGGUCCAAUAUACCUGAUGCUGCGCCAGCAGUUGAUUCAGGUAAGGAACCGUCAAUAGCACAAAUCUACCAAUCGAGAUUGAAUUAUGGUGUCAAUUUUGGUUCUAGUUUUGUUUUGGAAAAAUGGAUUUUCCACGAUUUGUUUGCCGAGACCGGUGGAGAUACCGAGCUAGAUGCUGUUUCCUCGCUUGUUGCUAAGAAUGGGGUUAAUGACACGAGAAGCAAGUUUGAAAACCAUUGGAACAAUUUUGUAACCUCUGAGGAUUGGAGCUGGUUGGCUGACAAUCAAGUUACAUCGAUUAGAUUGCCAAUUGGAUAUUGGCACGUUGAUGGUGGCAGUUUUACUAGUGGUUUCAAGUUUGAAAAAUUCAAGCAAGUUUACUCCAAUGCUUGGACUAUUAUCAAGCAAAAGUAUGUUGAAGUUGCAUUGCAGAAUAAGAUCUCCGUGAUCAUUGAUAUCCAUGGUCUUCCAGGUGGCGCAAAUAACGCGGGCCACUCUGGAGAAUCGGGAUCGGGAGAUUUCUGGUCUGAUGAGAAAGCUCAAGUAUCAAUGGCUAAAAUGAUGGGGUGGAUUGCAAAUGAUUUAAAAAGUUACGAAAACAUUGCCGGAAUUCAGGUUGACAAUGAAGCAGGGUUUGCCAAUCCUGCCAAGAAACAAGAAACCUAUUAUGCUGCAUGUAUCAGCGAGAUAAGGAAAAACAAUAAGCAAGUUCCUGUUAUUAUCUCCGACGGCUGGUGGCCAGACCAAUGGGUGAAAUGGGUACAAGACGAACAAGGCGACGACGGAUAUAUUGGUGUUGUUAUUGAUGACCAUGUUUACAGAUGUUUCUCCGAUGCUGAUAAGGCCAAGUCACCUCAACAAAUCAUUGAUGAUCUUAACGGUGAUGUAUUGACCAACUUAACUGAUAAUGGUAGUGGUGCCGAUUUAAUGGUUGGCGAAUGGUCAUGUGUAUUAGACACCCAAAGUUGGGAAAAGGCAGGUGGAUCAAAUAGAGAUGAUGAAGUUAAGAAAUAUGGCCAAACACAAUGUAAAUUAUUUAACGAAAGGGCAUGUGGAUCUUAUUUUUGGACUUUUAAGUUCCAAUCUGGUAAUGGCGGUGAAUGGGACUUUAAAACCAUGACCGAUAAGGGUGCAAUUCAACCAUUCUCCAGGCCAACAAAAAAACCAUCAGAUGAUCAAUUCCAACAAGCCUUGGGUAAUGCUUACAAUGGACAUGUAGAUUACUGGAAAAAGCAAGACCCCAAUGGUAAGUACCAGCCUGAAUUGUACAAGGAUGGAUUUAGUAUUGGUUGGAAAGAUGCAGAUUCAUUUGCCAAGUUUAACGGGUCCAGAAUUGGUAGAAAGGAAGCUCUCAAACGUGCCAGACUCCAAGAAGAAAUUUCUUCAAAGGGAUCACUGAAAUAUGAUUGGGAAUGGAGCCAAGGGUAUGACGAGGGAGUUAAACAGUUUUACAAUGCUAGUAUCUAG